UCACCUUCCACCUUCCUUGAGGGCGUGGGCUUUGUGUACCAAACGCGUGCUUAUCAUGUCAACGCUUCUUUUUCUUUUACUGUUACCAAACAUAUCCACAGUUAGCAUCGUCGAUCCAAAAAGCUCAGUUUUUUUUCUUUCUUCUGCGGCGAUUUGCUUGUACGCGCGAAUGUAUGAAGUUUGAAGAAAAGCGUUCUUUGUAGAUUCGUUUGAUUGGUGCGAAGAACAUGGCUUCAGUUCACGGAGGGAUGGCUGUUGUGAUUAUGGGUGUCAGUGGUGCUGGGAAAUCGACGAUAGGUGAGAUGCUGGCAAAAGAGACAAACUCUAACUUUAUAGAUGCCGAUGAUUUCCAUCCACAAUCAAACAAAGAAAAGAUGCGUAAAGGGAUACCCCUUUCAGAGGAAGACCGGAUGCCUUGGCUUGAAACACUUCGAAAUGCCUUAAGAGAAAAGUUGGUUGAUGGAGGAACUGUAAUUCUUGGGUGUUCAGCUCUGCAGAAGCGAUACAGAGAAGUUCUACGAUCUGCCGACCCUAAUUAUGAACCUGGAAGUCGUGUCAGUCUGGUGAAGUUCGUCCUGUUGGAUGCACAGGCAGAGGUGCUGGCUGCUAGAUUAGAGAAAAGAAUCGCAGAAGGGAAGCAUUUCAUGUCGCCUGCACUUUUGCAGUCUCAGUUGGGCUUGCUUCAGAUUGAUGAUUCUGAAGGGAUACUUAAAGUUGAUGCCACUUUAAGUCCUCAAGACAUAGUAAAUACCAUUCAAAGAUUGAUUUUCAGCUUAAGACUUAAGAUUUAAAUUAGGAGUAGCAGCCUGGCAGGAAAAAUUGUAGAUUUCUUCCCAUUCUGGUUCGAAAGAAUCUACCAUAAAACAUUGUUCUGAAAACUUUUUGGUGCAGAUGAAUGCCACUUUAUUUGAACAGAUUAUUUGAUCGAUCAUCAUAUUGAACGUCGAUAUUUGCCUCUGCUUAA